AGAGAGCCCCGGUGUGUUUCUGCUGGGAUUAUAAUACACUGGCCAUCAGUCACUGCCAUUUUGUAGUUUCAGUGGGUUUUUACACUACUGGUAGAGUAAAAAUGUGAGACUGCUCACGUUACGUCAUUUGGGACGCCGUGGUUCUGCAGCUCGUUGUGCAUAAAAUCAGCGUGCUGCUGAGGGAGGACGGUGGGAGCUGCUCCUUCCGACCAGAGAAUGCCGUCUCUGUCGGAGCAGCUGCAGGAGGUGCGGAGUCGGGCUGAAGUGUGCCUGUACUCUGGAGGCAGGGUGGUGGAGGUGCGGGCCGGGGUAAUGGCUAUGGCUAAUCUGCCUUUACCGCCCUGCUCCAAAUACCGCCACAUCGCUGCAGAAACCAUGGUCAUAGAAAACAGCUUUGGCAGCAACCGGAAGGAGACCCUUGCGUCUGUCCAGCGCUUGUCUACAGCACUGAACAUCCUGGAAAAGUAUGGCUGUAACUUGACAAAUCCCAACAGGCCAAAGUAUUGGAGGACAGUGAAACACAACAACCCAGUGUUCAGAGCCACUGUUGAUGGUAUUCAGGGAGGACGAGCAGUGCUCUGUCUUUAUGGUUACUCCAAUCAGCAGCCAGAUGGGCUCAGCUUCCCUGAUGAUGUCACGGAUCCAGAUGUGGGCCGAGUUGCUGCAGUAACACUUGAAGUGAUGAGCCUGAGGAUGGAACUAGAAAUGCUUAUUAAGGAGGCUCAUCCCCACCCUGAAUUCUAUGAGAGAAUCAUCCCUACACUGAGACACAAGGAUGUGGGUCUCAACACUGACGCUGUGGCCUACAAUUCCCCCUCCAUUUCAUGCCAUUCAGACAGUCAGACCAAGUCUCUAGCUUUCCCCCUGCACCAUCACUCCUCCAGAGAGGGCAGCCGUGGCCACUCUCUGUCCUCCAACCACCAAAGUCUCAGGUCCAUUCAGGUCUUUUCCACUUCCUCAAACAAACACCCAGAAAACUGCGCUAUCUGUCAAAUAUUCCGUAUCUCUGCCCACUGCCUCACUUGCCUCCAGGGGCUCUGCUCAGAUUGUGACAGACUGUACCACUCCAACCCUGAGAGGGCCAACCACCGUCGGACAGCUGUCCCAUCAUCAUCAUCAUCAUCCCAAAACAGGAAUAGUCACAGUUCUUCCACCUGGAAUUGCCUUCACUGCACUAAAGUCAACUCUGUCCAGGAUGUGCUGUGUGAGGAGUGUGAGCGCCCUCGCUUGGAAUCGAUCAGCUGUAAAGCAGAUGAAUCUCCCCCUGCCACCAUCACUGAGUGGCAGUGUAAGAGCUGUACCAUGGUGAAUGCAGCCAGCAGUAUUCUGUGUGAGGUGUGUGAAAGACCUCGUUUGGCCACACGACCUCCAGUGACCCCAUCACACCCACCCAUCACCCCCCCAAGACCACCAGCACCCGUACUGGGCAUGCCUGGUGACCCUGACAGCCAG